ACUUGCGAAUACGAUCGAUCGCGAGGAAGGUGUAGUUUUUGUGUGCUCGGCGGGGUUUCAAAAAUGGCUCUUUUCAGGAUUACCUCUACGAAAUUGAUAGAUUUACAGAGAGCAUGCCCAACAGCGUCAAUAUUGCUUCGGGGACUUAGUGCCGAGCAGACCAACCUAAAAAGCAUCCUCCAAGAUAAAAUCCCUAAGGAACAGGAGAAGAUCCGUGAGUUCCGCAAGAAGCAUGGCGCCACAAAAGUUGGAGAGGUCACCGUAGAUAUGAUGUACGGCGGUAUGCGUGGCAUCAAAGGUCUAGUUUGGGAGACCUCAGUGCUGGAUCCUGAUGAGGGUAUCAGGUUCAGGGGCAUGUCUAUCCCUGAAUGCCAACAGCAACUACCAAAAGCUAAAGGCGGCGAAGAGCCCCUUCCCGAAGGCUUGUUCUGGCUGUUAGUGACAGGAGAUAUACCCACCGAGGCUCAAGUGAAAGCUCUGUCUAAGGAAUGGGCACAAAGAGCGGAACUACCAGCGCACGUAGUAACGAUGUUGAACAAUAUGCCCAGCAAGUUGCAUCCAAUGUCGCAGUUCUCUGCCGCCGUCACAGCUCUCAACAGCGAGUCCCAGUUCGCCAAAGCAUACUCUGAUGGUGUACAUAAGUCCAAAUAUUGGGAGUACGUAUACGAGGACUCGAUGAACUUGAUCGCCAAGCUGCCCGUGAUCGCUGCUACGAUAUAUCGUAACACUUAUCGCGACGGCAAGGGCAUCGGCGCCAUCGACGAUAACAGAGAUUGGUCCGCUAACUACUGCACCAUGCUCGGUUUCGAAGACGCACAGUUUACCGAACUUAUGCGAUUAUAUCUUACUAUUCACAGUGACCACGAAGGCGGCAACGUUUCAGCCCACACAACGCAUUUGGUCGGAUCUGCGCUUAGCGACCCUUAUUUGUCGUUCGCGGCAGGCCUUAACGGUUUAGCUGGACCACUUCACGGAUUAGCUAAUCAGGAGGUACUAGUAUGGUUAGAGAAGUUGCGUAAGCAAGUGGGCGAUAAUUUCACCGAAGAGGGACUGAAGGAGUUCAUCUGGAAGACGCUCAAGUCAGGACAGGUCGUUCCCGGUUAUGGACACGCAGUACUCAGAAAGACUGAUCCUAGGUACACGUGUCAGCGUGAGUUCGCUCUGAAACAUCUACCCAACGAUCCCCUGUUCAAAUUGGUUGCUGCCGUGUACAAAGUGGUGCCUCCGAUCCUCACUGAGCUUGGCAAGGUCAAGAACCCCUGGCCCAAUGUGGACUCUCACUCUGGUGUUCUGUUACAGUAUUAUGGACUGAAAGAAAUGAACUACUACACUGUGAUGUUCGGAGUGUCCCGCGCUUUGGGUGUCCUCGCCCAGCUGAUCUGGUCUCGUGCUCUCGGCUUCCCCAUCGAGCGGCCGAAAUCUCUCAGCACCGAAAUGCUUAUCAAACAGCUCGGCAAGUAAACUCUGGUCAAACAAUAUCCUACUACAAAUCAAUCGGGACUUUUUAUAGGACACUUUCCUACUCUAGUAGUGCCCUUAAAUUAAAUCAGUUUGUUUCACACACAACGCCAUUAGUCAAAUUAUUGUGGUAUCAUAAGUAUUUUGUAAAACAUUUUUAUUGUAAUUAUUCACUGUUAUUUGUGUUAAGCAUAAGCGAUGCAUUUGUGAUCAUGUUGUUAUAUGAUAGGUGAAUUUCAGACAGUUUAGCAUAUUGCUAAGUAUUAUUUAGUGUCAGACCAAAACUUAAUGAGUUUAGCAUAUUGUGUAUCUAAUUACUCAAAGGCUAAUAGGUUAAGUAAAGCGAGC